UCACUGUCACGAUUACACUGUCAGUGUCAAAAUUGUAAAGUGAAUGAAAAAAAGAAGUCAGUCAAUUUAGUUUAUACAUUUUUGUAGUUAAAAUCAACAACUUCAAAAUGGUAUUAAUUCGCCCAGAAGAAAAUCAGAUCUCUAGCGAAGCAGAAGGACAAGUCGCUGCAGUUAGAGUAAAAGCUCCGAAAAGGAUUUUGCAUUUUUCAGAUGGAAUCUUAGAGGAAUACAGCACAGAUGAAGAAGACAACACUGAUAGUAUAAAAAAUCAACCUCUUGUUGAUCCAUCUACCUUGACAUGGGGACCUUGGUUUUGGUAUAAGGCUUGGCGUGCAGGAAAUACAACUUUAGGCGCUAUGGAUACGGCAGGAGAAUUUCUUGCGUCACUUUUUGGCAUUACCACUCCAAGAUACUAUUUCGAACUUGAAGAGUACAAGAGAAGGGAAGACCAGAAGAGAAGACAGCACGAUAAAGAAGCUGGUUGGUCACAACCAUCCGGUUCCAGUGUUUCUGUCCCCUUGAAAGAUAUGGGUGGAGCCAACAAACCAAUUGAUGUUUAAACCAAGUGUUCAAAAAUUGGAAGCUUGUAACAUGUACCUCAAAAAGAUAUAUUUACUCAAAGUGUUUUAAGUGUUUUUAUUAUACAGGGUUGCGAAAAAGUCUGGCAACACGGUUAUUUCUCCGAAACCGCUAGAAGGAUUUUUAUAGAUUUUGGUGGGUAAGGGUCUUCUAAUGCGGCCGAUAUUAUAGUGUCAAUUACAUUGUUGUCAAGUCUUCCGUUUUUCUGGAAAUCUAAUGAACUAUCUUAUUUCAAAUGGAACACGCUGUAUAUAUUUUGCGUUUUGAAGUCCUUAAGAAAUACUGAUUAUUUUUCAUGUUAUAUUCCCUAUACCUAAAUGCCAUAAUUUCGGAGUUAAUGAUACAUUUAUUAAAAAAAAUUUAAACAAAUUAUAAAACUCAAUUUUUUCGGCCCGUGUAGACAUUAUUUUAGGUUCUUUGCAUCAUUGGGAACAAAAAAGGUCUGUUGUAAUUUUUCUCUAAAGUUAAUAGUUUUCGAGUUAUAUACAAAAAAAAACGGAAAAUGACGAUUUUUAAGGUUUAAGUUCCUAAAUUCAAGCCUGAAUCUUCAUCUAUCAGCUACCUUUAAGAAUUUUUUUCACGUUUUAUCCUAAAUCAUUGUUUUUUUAAUUAUUAAUGAAGCGCAUAUGAGAGGACGGGCAAUCGGGCUGCAUUGACAACUAAAAAACAAUACUUUAAAAUGAAAUAGGAUCAAAUUUCUUAUCAGUAUCUGAUAAAAUAAGGUUUGAACUUGAAUUUAGGCACUUCGUAGUUUUAAAAAUAAUAUUUUUUACUUGUGUUUUUGAACCUAGAAAAUCGUUAUUUUUCGAUUUUUUUCAGUUUUAAAUUGUUUAUAACUCAGAAACGAUUAACUUUAUAGGAAAAUAAUUACAAAGGAUCUUUUUUGUUCCCAGUGAUCCAAAGAACCUAAAAUAUUGUCUAUCCGGGCCAAAAAAAUUGAUUUUCAUAAUUUGUUUAAAAAUUUUUUUUUUAAUAAAUGUAGCAAUAACUCCGUAAUUAUGGCAUUUAGGUAUAGUAAAUAUAACAUGAAAAAUAAUAGAUAUUUCUUAAGGACUUCAAAACGCCAAAAAUAUACAGGGUGUUGUAUUUGAAAUAAGAAAGUUCAGUAGAUUUCCAGAAAAACGGAAGAUUUGACAACAAUGCAAUUACCACUCUAAUAUCGGCCGUAUUAGAAGACCCAUACCCACCAAAAUCUAUAUAAAUCGUUUUAGCGGUUUCCGAGAAAUUACCGUGCUGUUAGACGUCUUCGCAACCCUGUACGUUGUUCAAAAUAUUGAUAUGUUAAGGAUUUAUUUAUGAAUGGUAUAUGCAUUGUUAAAGUAUUGCGUAUUCUAACAUUUGCAGAAGUAAUUAAGAGUAUAGCUUUAUAUUGAGAAUUAGCGGUAAUCUGUAUUAUUUGUAUUUGUCAUUUUUUUAUUAAUAUAAAUAUUAUUAACUAUUUAAAA